CAAAGACCGGAAACUUAGUGAAAACGUCAUCUGUAUGCGACAAUUGUUUACAUCAUGGCGGCUGUGGAUUUCAGAGCUCAGGACCUUCUUGGGAUAUCCUGGGUGGACAGUAAUUGGGUGCCGAUUCUAAACCCUGGAAAUGUACUGGACUACUUCUCUGAGAGAAGCAACCCCUUCUACGACCGAACCUGUAACAAUGAGGUAGUGAAGAUGCAGCGGCUUACCCUGGAACAUCUGAAUCAGAUGGUGGGAGUGGAGUACAUUCUUCUUCAUGCUCAGGAGCCAAUUCUUUAUAUAAUCCGCAAACAACAGAGGCAGUCAGCAACACAAGUUAUCCCCAUGGCUGACUACUACAUCAUAGCAGGAGUGGUGUAUCAGGCCCCAGACCUGGGAACGGUUAUCAGCUCCCGAGCGCUCUCUGCUGUCCAUGGAAUCCAGUCUGCUUUUGAUGAGGCCAUGUCAUACUGCCGCUAUCACCCAUCCAAAGGAUACUGGUGGCACUUCAAGGAUCAGGAAGAAAGAGAAAAAGCCAAGCCCAAGUCAAAGAAGAAAGAGGAACCAAGUUCGCUGUUUCAGAGGCACCGUGUUGACACACUCCUUUUGGACCUCAGGUCCAAGUUUCCACCAACAUUCUACCAGCCUAAGCCUGGUGAGAAGCCUAUUCCAGUUGAGGUGAAGAAGGAGCCUGAACCCCCCACAGAAGUUGUAAAACAAGAGGAAAGGGAACCAGCCACAAAGUCCUCUGCCCCAGCACCUCCCAGCAAACCUCCUCCUGAGAAGAGAGCGAGGCUACAAUGAUCAUUUUCUCACAUGCUGGAAAGAUGGAGCAAAGAAAUGUGAAGUCCUGCAGCACUAACUGAAAGAACAGCUUGGAGUAUUUUUGUUCUCUUUUCGCACCGCUCAUUUGAUCAUUUUAUAGGAUGCUAAGAAUGAUCUGGCACCAAAAGGGUCGGUCAGUUGCUUGUCUCAGUGCCAGGACUACUUUUACCCUGUAACCUUAGUCUUGUACACUUGAUAGGUUUGGCACUGCGGACAUUUCUGGCAGCUGUACUGCCAACAGGGGUUAACUGUCUGAUGUCAGCAGGCAUUUAGCAGUAUAUGCUAAGGAUGAGGUUUUUUUGAUGAUAAGCUGACCUCAGCAUCAGUGUCGGUUUACUGUUGACAUCAGCAUAAUAUUUGUGUUGUGGUGACUUCAGAGGACGGUUUGAUUCUGCGUGCUUUACAGGGGGAUGUGUCAUAAAGCAUUAUCUCAUCUGAAAAGCAAAAAAGCUCCUCUGCCUGGGCACCUGUCUUUAAUUACAAACGCUUUGAAUUGUUUGUAUGUUUUUUGUAAAGAAUACCCUGCUAUUUGUGUUUUUGUAUUAAAAGGUAUCAGCUAUCA